CUCUCCAUUCCAUUGCGUACAUUACUUUAGUGUCCUUUCUCCAGUAUGAGGGCUGUACCUGUAGGCUGUGUCCUUCUCUUGCUCCUAGUAGCAGUUACUGAGGUUAAAGGAGACGGACAAUUUGUGAAGCUCUGCGGCAGAGAAUUUAUCAGAGCUGUGAUAUACACCUGUGGAGGUUCCCGAUGGAGAAGAUUGCUCUUAGCAGAACCGGAAGAUGUUCCUGACAGGGGACAGAUCUUUGAUUUACACAAUGGAAAUAUCGAUGUCAGCGACCCUUCGGAAUAUCAGCUACAGAAAUUAAAGUCCCACACUGAAGAGGUCCAACAUAGCGAAUCAAUGGAAGACUUUUGGGAUUCUGAGAAAUAUUCAUUUCAAGAGAGACGUGAUCUCAACGAGCUACUGACCACUGCAUGCUGCAAAACCGGCUGCAAAAAAAAGGAUUUAAGCUCACUGUGUUAAAUACAAUUUUUCAGUUCUUUGGGUGCCAUAAGAAUAGGCAAAGCAUCCCUCUGGCACCCUAUAUGUGUGUAAAAAUAAAUUCCUGGUGGGGGAGGUACAUCCAGAUCAAUACAUCCACUACUUCUGUUUUCAAAAUAUUCACCCCAGUAAAUCUUUAUCAUUCUUUGUGGUACUAGAUAUUUA